UUUCGCUCUCAUUUCCCCCUUUUAUAAACCUUUGUCUGCUACCCAUUUUCCAUUUCCCAUUUCCACAAAACCCCUCUCCCUCUCUGUUUCUUCUCUCAUCUUCGCUCUGUUUCCGAAUUUGCAAUCAAGUUUCAGGUGAAGUUUGAAACAUGGCGGAUGGUGAGGAUAUUCAACCUCUUGUCUGUGAUAAUGGAACUGGAAUGGUCAAGGCUGGAUUUGCUGGGGACGAUGCCCCGAGGGCUGUGUUUCCUAGUAUCGUUGGCAGACCACGACAUACCGGUGUGAUGGUUGGAAUGGGCCAGAAGGAUGCUUAUGUUGGGGAUGAAGCUCAGUCAAAAAGGGGUAUUCUCACAUUGAAAUACCCAAUUGAGCAUGGCAUUGUAAGCAAUUGGGAUGACAUGGAAAAGAUUUGGCAUCACACUUUCUACAACGAGCUUCGUGUUGCUCCGGAAGAGCAUCCGAUACUUCUUACUGAAGCACCACUCAACCCAAAGGCAAACAGGGAGAAGAUGACUCAGAUCAUGUUCGAAACCUUUGACGUCCCUGCCAUGUAUGUCGCGAUCCAGGCCGUUCUAUCUCUCUAUGCCAGUGGUCGUACAACAGGUAUCGUGUUGGAUUCGGGUGACGGAGUGAGUCACACGGUGCCAAUAUACGAGGGGUUUUCACUUCCUCAUGCAAUCCUACGUCUCGACCUUGCUGGUCGUGAUCUAACUGAUGCUUUGAUGAAAAUUCUUACCGAAAGAGGUUACAUGUUCACGACAACAGCCGAACGGGAAAUUGUCCGUGAUGUAAAGGAGAAGCUUGCAUAUGUGGCCCUUGAUUAUGAACAAGAACUGGAUACAGCCAGGACUAGUUCAGCUAUCGAGAAAAGCUACGAGUUACCAGAUGGACAGGUGAUUACAAUUGGAGCUGAGAGAUUCCGUUGCCCGGAAGUACUUUUCCAGCCGUCACUGAUCGGCAUGGAAUCUCCUGGAAUCCACGAGACCACAUACAACUCCAUCAUGAAGUGCGAUGUUGAUAUCAGGAAGGACUUGUACGGUAACAUCGUCCUUAGUGGCGGUUCAACGAUGUUCCCCGGAAUUGCUGAUAGGAUGAGCAAAGAAAUUACAGCUCUUGCUCCCAGCAGCAUGAAGAUCAAGGUUGUUGCACCUCCAGAAAGGAAGUACAGUGUUUGGAUUGGAGGAUCCAUCCUAGCAUCCCUCAGUACUUUCCAACAGAUGUGGAUAACAAAGGCUGAAUACGACGAAUCGGGUCCCGCUAUCGUUCACAGGAAAUGCUUCUAAAGAAGAGUCGUGAUGUUAAAACAAUGAUCUUCCUAUACUCAAAUAUUGUGUCAUAUGUCAAGUAAAGUUUGGUUAGUUUUUGAUUUUGAAGAUUUGUUUAUAUUGUCAUAAAAGAGAUUGGUAAGUUGGAUUCUUGGAGUUGUAAGUUUGGAAUGCCUUUUUUUUUCUUUAAAAAAAAAAACAAAAGAGAUAUUUAUAGGUUUUUUUACAAGUAGUUUUUGAAGCCAAACUAAAAUUUGUAAUAGUUGGGCUGGAUUUUAUUCAUACUUUUGUAUGUCAGUGAUUUGAGGUCGUGAGUUUGUAUGCAAUUACAGAGUGUUGUAGAACUUCCUUAUUGGACAACUUUUUUUUUCCCUUUAAAGAGUAUUUCGAAUCUCUGAA